UAGGGUGAUGUAGAAGAACGGGUCACUCUCAGUGGAAGUAUGGAGUGAGAUCGGCUGUGUUAUGAGCUCGUGUAAGGGUCUGUAAGUCACUGGAUCAUCAAUACUGAAGAUAUUACGCAUCAUUUCUGUCUUUCUGGAGGAACACGACAGAUUCAUGCUGAUGGGCUGGUUGUGGGUUUGGGCUGUUUCUGUCCUGAUCGGAUCUUCUCUGUGUCUGCCUCAUGGAGUCAGUAAAGCAGUGGCGCUUCCAGACGGCCUUCAGGAGACGCCGUAUGGAGAAGCUGACAAUAAAGACAGCCAAAAUGAGGGUCCAUGUAAGAGGACGUACUGUGGUCGAGGACAGGAGUGUGUCGUCAGGGAUCUAACGGGUCGUGCCGAAUGUGUGUGCCAGGAAAGAUGCCACAGCUCAUUUGUGCCCGUCUGCGGCUCUGAUGGACACUUUUAUGAGAAUCACUGUGAGCUGUACCGUACUGCUUGCCUGCAGCGGAAGAAGAUUUAUGUGCUUCACAGCAAAGACUGCUUCUUCAAAGGCGACACAUGCACAAUGUCAGAGUAUAACAGGCUGAAGAAUAUGCUGUUAGACAUGCAGCCCAGGAGUGUGAAGGACAGGAAAGAAACUUUAGAAAAUGCCAUGGACCAAAGGAGGACCCUGGUGGACACCAUGUUCAAGUAUUUAGAUCUAAACCAGGAUAGGCAUCUGAGCAGCGAAGAGCUAUCGGAGAUCUCUAUGAAGGAGCAUCUGGAAGAAAUGUUGCUGCAAUGCACCAUGCACGACCUCCUGCGUUAUGAUGAUUACAACAAUGACGGUCACCUGAACCUUCAGGAGCUCUACACUGCUUUCCAGGUGAUCCAGCUCAGUCUGGCAGAUGAGAAGCGUUUGAGCAUCACAACAGUGACUGUCGGUCUGAGUGCUGUACUUACCUGUGCCAUACAGGGAACACUGAGACCUCCAAUCAUCUGGAUGAGAAACGGCAUAACCCUUAACUUUCUGGACCUGGAAGAUAUUAAUGAUUUCGGUGACGAUGGCUCACUCUACAUUACGAAGGUGACUACUAUUCACAUGGGGAACUACACCUGUCAUGCGUAUGGUUAUGAAAAGCUGUUCCAGACCCACGUGCUCCAGGUGAAUGUGCCUCCAGUAAUCCUCGUCUAUCCAGAGACUCAGGCACAGGAACCCGGUGUGGCUGCCAGCCUUCACUGCCAUGCUGAAGGUAUUCCAAACCCUAAACUCACCUGGCUGAAGAAUGGCCUGGAACUCCAGCCACAUGGAUCAAAACAGCUUUCAAUGCUUGCCAAUGGAAGCGAGCUUCACAUUAGCAGCGUACGAUAUGAAGACACUGGAGCUUAUACCUGCAUCGCGAAAAAUGAAGUUGGAGUGGAUGAAGACAUCUCGUCUUUGUUUGUGGAAGAUUCGGCUCGCAAGACACUGGCCAACAUUCUCUGGAGGGAAGAAGGGCUGAGUGUAGGGAACAUGUUUUACGUCUUCUCAAAUGAAGGAAUCACAAUACUGCAGCCUGGAAACUGUGAGAUUCACAGACACAUCAAGUGGACAGAGAGGAUUCUGAGUACUUAUGAACAGUUGUGUCCUGAAAGCCUGAGUGAUUCACGUCAGAAGUGCGUUUGGGCAUCAGCGGUCAGUGUUAGAGACAAAUAUGUGUAUGCGUCUCAACCGCUUCACAACAGACUGCUGAUCAUUGACACACAGACACAGAAAGUCAUGCAGGCUUUGGAAACAGCGCCCAUGCCUGUCAAACUCUUUUAUGAAAAAUCUCAUGACCAGCUGUGGGUCUUAAGCUGGGGAGAUCUGCUGAAAUCCGCUUCGACAUUACAGGUGAUCUCUUCUGCAAGUCUUGGAGAUCAGCAUCAAAUCAUUCGUACUCCGUUUGAAAGAGUAGAGGACUUCUACAUCCCACCCACCAAUCUCAUUAUCACACACGUAAGGUUUGGCUUUGUCUACUUGAAAUCAGAGCAGGCGGUGCAUAAAAUCGACCUUGAGACCUUCAAUCUAGUCAAGACCAUUAGUCUUAAAAACUACAGCUGUAUCCCAGCCAGCAUGACUUACACUCAUCUGAGCGGAUACUUUUUUAUCGAGUGCCAAGCGAAGAACCGGCCAAACUGGCAACUUCUCAUAGACGGCGUAACCGAUGCAGUCAUCGGACCUAAUCCUGACAUCGUCGGUCGGCCGUUCGUAUCUCCAGACGGCCGCAUCAUUGUCUCCAUGGAUAAACGACGUGGGAAACUCCAAGUUCAGACCGUUUCCUUCCAAGGUGAACUUCAGCUAAGCCACAAACUGAAUAUCUCCGUUCCACUCUCGGAUUUGGACUUUCAAGCGUCCUUCACAGAAUCCAAUCAGUAUGUGGUGGUGACCUCUUCAGCCGAGGGCUCAGAAGUGUUCUUCUCUGACCUGUCAAUGGGAAAAAGUCAAGUUCUCCAGAACAUCAAAGAGCCAAUUCCAACCUCCAGUUGGUUUUGGGGAGACACCAACAGGUUUGUGAUCUCCAGCGGUGUGUUUGGACGGUACUUGAUCACGUCGUCAGCCGAGUCCCUGUUUGUUUUGGAUGGCAAGCAAAGGCGUCCUCACUGUGAGGUGUCGGACAUCAAGACAGGAAACACAGCGGUUUGGGUGGGUGAGGUAUGAGCCGGGCACCGCUGGGCGGUUCUGGAAGGGAUGGCGUUGGCCAAAUGAGCCGAAACCUUUAAAGGAUGAGAAUGGACUCGACAUUAGUAAUGAGUGAAAUGAACACGCAUGCGGGUUUCUACACACACAUGCACACACAUGAAACAAUAAAUAUUAGGAAAUAAAACACGGCAAAUAAUGAAGACAGCCUUCAGUGCAACAGUGAGCUAAUGACACUAAUGACAGAUAUUUUGCACUUUCCUGAUAGCAAAAAUAGUACAGUAUAGUAACAGAAAGAAUAGGUAAGUAAGUAUUGAACUAUGCACAAUGACUUUUCACUUGUUUGUUGUUUCAUCACUUGUCAUUGAGAUCAAUUGUGUUGUCUGUUUUUCCUCAGUGUAAAUAAUGGUGUUGUCACGGUGCAUCAUUUAAGUGUUUCCAGCUUUACACGUAAUGUCAAAUCCUUUGAGAGAAGCUGAUUUUACAGUGAUUAGUAUUGUAUUGUAAUAGAAAUAUGAUGGUAAGGUGUUUCAUUUCUUUCUUUAAUGCUGUUUACCUUAAAAGUGUUUCAGUGCACUUUGUGUGGAUAUUUGUCAGCAUUACUUUGGGGGGGAAAUGGUCCUGUCAGGUUUCUAAAAUCUCCAUUUUUAAAUGCAACAAUUAAUUUUAAUACUGACAGACAGCAGAAGCAGAUGUUGAAUAAUCUAAAUUGUGUUGUAAUGAAAACAAAAAAUGCAGAAAGGCUUGUGUGAUGGUUUGGGGGUAAAAAAUGUCAUUGUAGUUUGGUAUAAAUACUACAGUUAAUGAAAAACAGGUGUCUGUGUUUGAGGAUGUGGUUUAUGAGGACACACGUGUGUAACAAUUUGAGGAUUACAACAUAAACCAGAAGGCUUUAAAGACACAAGCAGUCAAUGUUUAGCUUUGCUCAAAUAUUUCUAAAUCUAUAUUUAGCACAAAGUUAUAUCUAAAAAAAAAACACAGAAUGAAACAAUAAAAUGAAAUACAAAAAAAUAACCAGUCAAGGCUUGGUCUGUGUUGUCUGAAUAAGAUUAUCCUAAGGAAAAUUAAUCCUUUAGUGCAAACAUAAAAUUAGACCACUGUUGCACUGAACAAUAAUACAAUUUUAGGACAAAGCAUUUGAAACUUUCUGAGAUGAUAAAGUAUAACACUGAUGUGCUGUUGAGGCAUAUAUGACGAAUAAGACCUCAAUAUACAGAUACAAAUUCACACAUUCGGGUCAGCGGAUGUUCAUACACUUCAACUAAUUAAAACCAGUCAGGUUACAACCGUUUAAUAAAUGUGUUUGUUAUAUAUCAUCUGCACAAUGUCCCUUUCAAAGGCAUUUCACCUUUAGCAACCAGCCUGAGACAUAACAUUAUUGUUUUACAGAUACUAUAGAGUCAGAUGUAACAUGUGCAGUAUAUGCUGUAUUACAAAGAAUUGUAACAGAAAUCAAUCUGUUGUUUAUUUAAAACUAAACCCAACUCUCACAAACCUAAAAAAGCCAGCUGUACACUUCAGUCUACAGGUCAUGCUGCACAGUAUACAUGUAUGACAUUAAGUUAUCUUUUAUUCUAGAAGGGAAUUCAGUGUGGAUUAUAUCUUAACGGGUCUUUUAACAAUAAAAUACCAGACUGAGGUUUGAAAUGAAGCCUUAUUAAGUCACGCUGAACUGCACAUCCAUUUGUCUUCAUUGCUCUUUAAUGUCCUCAAACAUUCAGUCUUCUCUCUCGUCCUGUUCAUGUAAAGUUUGGUUUUAAUUGUGUGCUGCUGUUUCACAGAUGUUUCUGUCUAUGUGAUUUCACAGAAUUUAACUUUCAAACUUCUGCAAAACUUGAACGGUUUGAGGCACACAGUAAAGUCAUCCUCCAGAUGUUUGCAUUUAUUGCUAAUAAAUAGGUCAAGAACCAAAAGCUGUAUUUCUUUUUAUUUGUAUUGUUUAUUUUUUAGUAAAUAAUUAUCUUGCAAAUUAAAUAUUGAUUGUCUAUUUAUUUACACAACAAACAAAAAAUAAUGGCAGGACAGAUUUAUCACAUUUCUUUAAUGUGACAAUAUAUGUAAUGUUGUGUGAUAGUAGCAAACGAUAUAAAAAAAAUGGUUUUCUUUCUCCGAUUUUGGAGCUUUAUUUUGUAUGGGUAAUAAAUAAUAUUCAUUAUGUGUGUAAAUUAAAGCACCACAGCAUUGUUACACCAAACAUUUUCAUGACAAAAUGCCAAGGGCCUCAACUGGAGGACAAAUGAUUUAUGUACAUGUAUUUAUUUUUAAGAAAUCGUAACCUUUAAAAGUCUUUUAGCUGUUUUUGUGCUGGUUGAUUAUCUCUAUGCAACACAUUUCCAUUGUCUCAGCAAUAACUGUUGAAAUGUUAUUUAGAAAUGACGGUAAUCAAAAAUUUUUGUUGUUGUUUAUUUUGGAUGAUUUAAUAUACUGAUUUAUUUUGUCUUCUUGUCAUAUGUGUAUUGUGGUGUCACUGACCACACCAGCUAAGUCCUCGUGUAGAUUUCAGCUUGUCUUAUGCUCGAGGAGCACCCUGAUCAUGUAUUUUCUAUGUCUGUUUUGUUUCUUUUGUUACAUUGUAAGUAAGAUUGUGCAAUGUUGCACUUUUUAAUGAGAUUGUGACUUAAUCUACAGAUAUUCUUCAUGAUAGUAAAAAAUGAAAAAGUCAUGAUGGUGAUUUAAAUAAACUAAUAUCUGUAACUUGUAAGAAGCAUUCAGAAGAACUCCAGUGAUUUAUUAGCUUUGGCUGUAGACUGCUUUACUUUAUAAUGUAAUAUAGUGUUGCCUGGGAUAAACAUCUC